AUGCCGCCUUGGACCUGCAAUCCUGCCAGCUGGGGGCGGCGGAGGUGGAGAGUUCCGUGGCCGGUGGCGCGUCUCUUUCCCGGGCAGGAAUACUGCUUUGCCUCGCUGCUGCGCCGGUCCCCGCUCAUCCAGAUCGGACCGGCCAAAGACAGAGUGGUGAUCGGCAGGAUCUAUCACGUAGUCCAGGACGACCUGUAUGUAGAUUUCGGCUGGAAGUUCCACUGCGUUUGCCGGCGGCCGGCGGACGGAGAGAAGCUAAAGCGGGGCAGCAGGGUCCGUUUGCGGCUGCAGGAUCUGGAGCUCACUGCCCGCUUCCUGGAAGCCAAAACCGACACCACGCUGCUGGAGGCCCGGGCCGUACUGCUGGGACGGCUGGAGGGAAGGGAUGCUAGGGUGAAGGAGUUUAGAACCCUUGACCUGAUACCCGCUCACCUACGAAGCUCAGCCAAUGUCUCGGUGCAGCUGUGCUGUGCAUUGGUCAAUCUUCAGAACCCCCUAAUAUGGGAAGUAGGCAGCACCCUUGCUGAAAAAUAG